GCCACAAGAAACAACUGAGGAGACAGUGAACUAAGGCUCUACUAUUUUUUCUGGUGCUGGCUCAGUGACCUUGUUAGCACUGCACGACAAUUGAAUCCACUCAUUUGAGCAGCCGACUGACGUGAAAACGCACAUCAGAUUCAAAUGUGCUAUUGGUAUUCAUGUUUUUUCCCCCCCGACUGUGGGCUGCAGGAGUAUUAUUGUCAGAGUGGGAGGUUGCCGGAUGCGGGCCACCACGUCCAAGGCCUUCGCCGCCGGCUCGUUCGCUCGGCAAGUGUCUCUGCGUCACGGCCGCUGGCUGCCUGUGUUCCGGGCCGUCUGAGGACACGCGUGCUCGGAGCCAGACAAGCACACACGGCAGACAAAAAAAUAAAUAAAUAAACAAAUCCGAGCCUGCUUCUGAUCGACUGUGUUGGCGGGCAGUGCGGGCGCAUGAAGCCCCUCUGCGCUCCUGGCCGAAAGCGGAGAUUUUCAUCGGUGAACAAUCGGUCACUUCGGCGUCAGGCGGCUUCGCACCGAAGGCUCACUUGCCCGCGUCUAAACCGAUGAGCACAACCGGUGGGAAAGUGUCGAAGAGCGGGUGGGUAGAGUGCACCGAGCUUCGUCGGACAGUCAAUUCAGAUGCCGUGGACUCGGUCGACCGCGUAGUGGCGGCAUUACAACACAACUUGAAGGGAGCUCAGUAUGAGUCGAGAUGGGUGGGCAAAGAAGAGAGCCAAUGCCACUGGUGACAAUGGUUGGGCUGAAAGGGGCGGCUACAUGGCUGCCAAAGUCUCCAAGCUGGAUGAGCAGUUUAAACUUGACGCCCCCAGGGAAAAACAGAAGGAAGGCACAUGCUCCAACAUCUUCAGUGGAGUAGCCAUUUAUGUCAAUGGAUACACAGAACCAAGUGCAGAUGAACUACGCAGACUCAUGAUGCUGCAUGGGGGCCAGUUCCACGUCUAUUACUCUCGCUCCAAGACCACCCACAUCAUUGCCAAUAACUUGCCCAACAGCAAAAUUCAGGAGCUAAAAGGGGAAAAGGUUAUCAGGCCAGGGUGGAUCACAGACAGUGUCAAGGCUGGGCGUCUCUUGCCUUACCUACAGUACCAGCUGUACGCAAAACAGAAAGGCCCACUCUUCCCCGGCAUGACUCUGCGCCAGACCUCAGAGAUUGCUGGACCGAGCCAUGGGCCGCUGCAGCUUAGCGUCCAUCAAAAGCUUCAGCUGCCACAGCGCAGCGUCCAGCACUCUGUUCCCACCCGUGAGCAGUCCUCAUCCAGCUACCAGAAUAAUGCCAACCUUAACCCCAGCCACAAUCAGGUUUACCAAGGCAACAUCCAACCUCAGUCCAUCCAGCACAGCCCUGCAGCUUGCUUCAUUAAUCCCCAACCCAGUCACUUAGCAUCCAGUCACCUGAAUAUAGAUCCCAGGCACAGAAGCCCUUUACACACCCACCCACUGUCUAACCCAAGCCCCACACAGCCCCUGCAGUCUACUCUUCAAACACCUCAUCGUAAUCUCCAGCACCAGAGAGCCGGCCAACCACAACGUCAGACCAACUCUUCUUGCAACACCUGCCCCAGUGGCUGCAAGGAAGUGGGAUUAAAAUUAAAUGAAUUAUUGCAGACCUCAUUGGAUGUGAUGAGGAGCCAUUCAAAAAUGAAAGAAGUGCUAGAGUUUGGCAAACAAGAUCUUUUCCCACAGGUGUUGAAGGAAGCACCCCUGACCAAUGGACACACUCAUCUUGUUAAUGGUGCCUUAAAGCCAGAGGACCUGUCUCCUGUUACAGAUGAACCCUCUGUUGACAACAAAUUGCCUGAAUGCAGAGUUAAGAGUCCAGAGGAUCAGCGUCCAAGUCCUCCAGCACAGUGUCAGACCAAACCUGACCCUUAUGAGUUUCCCCACAGUCCUCCAAAGCGAUCUGACCAGUCCCCUGUCUUUCUGGAGCAUUUCAGCUCACAAGCAGCCAACGAGCAGAGACCUAAACCUCCACCACCCACCUACCAGAAGGCUAUAAAAGCCACUGAAACCCACCCACUCCCUAAGCAGCUCCAGCUGUCCCCUCAGGUUGAUUCAAAUCCUGAAAAGACUCCAAUUUCUCCUUUAUCUCGCUUGCUUUCGCAUUCUCCAAAUCGACUGAAUGGAAGUCACCACAAUGCCUUUUCAUCUGAUACUGCCUCAAUCAACACAACCGACAUAACAGCCAAACCUGAUCCUCCCACGGAAAACUCAUCAACAUUGUCAAAGUCUUCAGCACAGCUGCUGGCACAGACAGGUGAUCUGAUCUCUGAGUUCUACUCUCGCUCACGUUUACACCAGAUCUCCACAUGGAGGGCCGGCUUCUCUGAAUAUGUCAAUGAACUGCAUAGCAAACGAAAAGUGGCAGGGGGGGCCUCCUUUCCUGGGAAAGACCGACUGAGGAAAUCUGUGGCCCUGCGCUCUUCAGACAGUCAAGGUACAUCGGCACCCACAAGUGUUAGAGCUUGUAUUCUUCACGUGGACAUGGACUGUUUCUUUGUAUCUGUGGGGAUCCGACAUCGACCGGACCUCAAAGGAAAGCCCGUAGCUGUGACCAGUAACCGUGGACAGGGCAGAGUGCCUGUGAGACCCGGGGCCAACCCUCAGCUGGAGCAGCAGUACUACCAGAGGAAACAAACUCAUCCUCAACCAGACAGGAAUGACGACGAUCUACACAGAACUCCUUCACAAGAGACUCCUGACUUCCAUGCCAGCGGAGUGGACCAGGAUACUUCUGUUCUAUCCAUGGCAGAGAUUGCAUCGUGCAGUUAUGAGGCUAGACAGGCAGGCGUGAGGAACGGGAUGUUUUUUGGCAAAGCGAAACAGUUGUGUCCCUCGCUGCAAUCUGUCCCGUAUGAUUUUGAGGCUUAUAAAGAGGUGGCUCUCACGAUGUAUGAGAUUCUGGCUGGUUACACACAUGACAUUGAGGCUCUGAGCUGCGAUGAAGUGUUGAUAGACGGUUCUGCUCUGCUAGAUGAGUUGGGCAUCAACCCAGAAGAUCUUGGCAAAGCUAUCAGAGCAGACAUCUGGGAGAAAACAGGAUGCUGUGCUUCAGUGGGCAUGGGGUCCAACAUCCUGUUGGCUCGGCUGGCGACCCGGAAGGCCAAGCCAGAUGGGCAGUACUUCUUAAAGUCUGAAGAAGUGGAUGAUUUUAUCAUGGACCUGCCAGUGACCAGCUUACCAGGUGUUGGGCCUGUUAUGGGAAGAAAGUUGGCUGCUAUGGGUGUGAGGUCAUGCGGGGACCUCCAACAGGUGUCUCUGUCUCAGCUGCAGAAGAAGUUUGGACCCCGGACCGGACAAACCCUGUUCCGUUUCUGCAGAGGCCUGGAUGACCGCCCUGUCCGCUACGAGAAGGAAAGAAAGUCUGUCUCGGCUGAGAUGAACUACAACAUUCGCUUUGCAAAGACUGAUGAGGCAGAGUGUUUCCUGACUAACUUGUCCAUGGAGGUGCAAAAACGUUUAAAAGAAGCAGGGCUGCGGGGUCGCAGAGUUACCCUUAAGGUCAUGGUUCGCAAGGUUGGAGCUCCACUGGAACCGGCUAAAUAUGGUGGUCAUGGCAUAUGUGAUAAUCUAGCCAGGACUUUGAUGCUCGCUCAAUCCACUGACAGUGGUCAGCUGAUUGCCACUGCAGUCAUCAAGCUGUUCCAUGCCAUGAAGUUGCAGGUUCAGGACCUGAGGGGAGUUGGCAUCCAGGUUCAGCUCCUUGAGGGAAAUCACUCUGUCCCCCAGGAUUCAACAGGCCACCGAACACGCUCCAUCAAAGAGAUGUUGCUAGGCCAGGGAUUGAGUCCCCAAUCCCACAACAGAGGUGUUGCAGACAACAGCGCACAUCAGGAAAAGACCACAGCCCAAUUAUCUGGUUCCUAUCCACAUCCUCUGUCCCCUCCUGAGCCAGUCCCAGGGACAAGCAAAGACCAGCCGGCAUGCCAACGAACUCCGAAACAUUCUCGAGCACAUCUCAACCUAAGUAUUGAAGUCCCCUCCCCUUCACAGGUGGAUCGUUCUGUGUUGGAGGCUCUGCCUCCAGAGCUGAGAGAACAAGUAGAGCAGUCAUGGACUCAUCGGGAUGGGAGAUCAAACAACCGUCGUUCACCCAGUCCACAGCCUUCUGAUCCUCUUCCACAGCCUCCUUCUCUAAAGUCAUGUUCAACCUCACCUCCUCGUCCUCCUGCCUCUGGACCUGCAAUAUACACUCCACCUGUAGGAACGUUGGUUCUACAGAUUCCAAAUCAGCCAGACAGUCCGGGAAUUGUACUAGAACUACCAAACUUCUCACAGGUGGAUCCAGACGUAUUUGCUGCCCUUCCCAAAGAGCUCCAAGAAGAACUGAAGUCUGCCUAUAACCGCAUCAUAACUGUCCAGCCUCAGUCAAAAAUGUUGGAGCAGAAGAAUCCACUGUUGCAGCUAAAACAGUCAGGAGCAGGAAUUGGCAUCGGUCGUGUGAAGCGGCGCUACAAGAGAAAAAAUGCAGUGAGUCCUGUUAAAAAAGGAUCUUCUCCUAUGAAGAGGCGUCACACAACAAACAGCCCGGCCAAAACCCUGCCACCUCUUAUAACAUCACUGGAACCAAUAAACAUAGUAAAGACUGAAAAUGGUCCCUCCACAUCCUCCUCAAAACCAGACAUCCCCGAGUCUCUGUCUAAAUACGUCCGUCGCCCGGUUCCAGCAUUAGCCGGAGCCUGUGACCUGACGGACAUUAAAACACUCCUGCGAGAAUGGGUCACCACCAUAACAGAACCCAUGGAGGAGGACAUCCUGCAAGUGGUGAAAUACUGCACUGAUCUGAUUGAGGACAAAGAUCUGGAGAAGUUGGAUUUGAUUAUAAAAUAUAUGAAGAGGCUCAUGCAACAGUCGUUGGAGUCUGUUUGGAGUAUGGCUUUUGACUUCAUCCUAGACAACGUGCAGGUGGUUGUGCAACAGGCUUAUGGUAGCACCCUGAAGAUAGCAUGAAGACUGAGGGAAUCCGUUUUCACUGUGUUACCUUUACCACUUUUUGUUUCGCUUCUUUUACAAGGUCACCUGCAAUACAAAUAAUGGCAUCUAAAUGAUGAUUUCCCUCCUUCUCAAUCGUGACAUCACUGCUACAUCUGCUAGUUAAUGGUUUCACAGACACACAAUAGGAGAAAGUGUUACAAGACCCUUGGGAGUAUUUGAUGAGAGUAUGUGCAGCACAAUAUUUUCUGUGCUUGCUCUUUAAGGGACAAGUAGCACAAACUGAAGGGCAGGAUCAAGUCCCAGAAAAGUGAUAAUUGUAGCAGCUUUUUGAAAAUUCAUCAAUUUUCAUAUGAAGUUCUUUGUGAAAUAAUGCCAAGACUCAGCUCCAUACAAACGUGAAAUUUUAUGUAAAGAUUUUUGCAGGCAGUUCUUCACUAAUUCCUAUACAUCCAGUCUAAGCAAGUCUAAGGCCUUGGAAGAGAUUUUAAAUUUCUAUUUUCCAUCUGAUAUAGCAGUUGACUUUCCCUAUUUGUCUGAGGAUUAAAUAGUGGUAUACAGGGACAUUUUAAGGUUAAUCUUUUUUUUCAUUCAUGUGCUUCAGUCAGUCUAGGUUUAAAAUAAUGACAAUGGUAAACAUAAUAAUGAUGUUUAAACACAGCAUCCUUUAGUGAUUUUGGAAUAGGUUAGUCUUUGUAGCACUCCUCAAACAUCAAUCUCAGACAUUUAUAGGAAUUAAUUAUCUUAUUUUUCAUUAAUGUUUCUUUGGUGUUCCAAGCCACUCAUACUGACCUGUGAAAUAUCUACUACUGCUGUGUCAUAAAAAAGCGGAUGUGCAUACAGUAGUUCCUUUUUUCUUGUCUCUUGCAAAAAAGUGCCAAACCCUGUUAAUAUAUGUAAAUAAUGUUUUUAAAGAUCCUUGUUUAAAAGUUUUAAAAGAAAAGAUGUAUGUAGAGGGCUUACCUCUUGUAUUGUUUACAUGUAGUGAAUUCUUAGUAACUGUCUUGAGAUUUGUAAAUCUUCUCACUCUUUAAUUGUUUGUAUGUGUUCCAACAUGGAAAUCAGAAGCUGGCCAAAGCACUUCAUAUGAGGUUAACUGUUGAUUCUCAGUAGCACUCUGAUUUCGGAGGAUGUUGACUGGGGUUAUGGCAAUCAAUAAGUAGCCUAUGCAUUUCUUUUUUUUCUCUAACAAGUGAGACGUCCUUUCAAGUUAAUGUAAUAUUUCAUACAACCUUUGUACUUGGAGUAAAUCUUCCAGUGUGUUUUCACUGGUUUCAUAAAUCCGAAUAUUAAAGCAAUGCUGGAUUUGCAUAGGAACAGGAGGUGUGAUUUUUAACUGUGUAAACCAUCUUGUGUACUUCACAUGCUGGAUACAUUUGUAUGGCUUGUGGCUACAUCAUUGUAUUUCUGUGACGUUAACUGUUAUGAUGGUGAUGAUGGUGAUCAGAAGUACUCAGCAGAUGCGGUUGGCUGGCUUGCUUGUGAUCUCACCGCGCAAGACGUGUGUGGUUGAAAAGUUUGUUAGAAACAGUAUCCCUAUAUGCAAACCAAAUCAAGCUGUCAUGGUUUUUUUUAACUUGUUGAAAUGAAUGUAAUUCAUGAUGUGCAAGUCCCCACGGACUUUUUAAGAUGUUGCGUCUCUUCACCUGUCAUAUCUUUACAGAAGGGAAUGGCCAGGAGCUAAAAUUGGCCAGUCUUGUUGUCUCUAAACUGGCUAGUGCCUGAAGACCUGAAGCUGUGAACCUGUUUGUAAGUUUUCUAAAUCUUGGUAAUAAACUGUAAACUCUGUAUUAAUU